UCCCCGCCACGAAAAGUUGUUAGUCACUUUUUACAGUGGAGCUGGGAGAGGUGGAAGAAGGUCGAUUUUUAGAAGACCUUGAACACUGAAACGAGACAGUAGAUCAGAAUGACCAAAGUGGAGCGGAAAGGUACUGCGCUCAGGAGGUCCUCUGCAGAAGACCAAGUCAAUGGGUCCAUGGUCAGUAUGUUGACUCACUCCUUCAGUUCCAGCGCAGUCCCUGACCUCAUGAAGGCCAAGAGUUCUGUACAGUUUUCCAGAGAGAACAGUUUCAGGAGGACCACUGAAACAGAAGUCUUUGAUGAUGGAACCAACACAUUUUUCUGGAGGGCCCACACAGUGACAGUGCUGUUCAUCCUGACCUGUGCGCUGGGGUAUGUGACACUGUUGGAAGAAACGCCUCAGGACACUGCGUACAACACCAAGAGAGGGAUUGUUGCCAGCAUCUUGGUGUUCUUGUGCUUUGGAGUAACGCAAGCUAAAGACGGACCUUUCUCAAGGCCCCAUCCAGCUUACUGGAGAUUCUGGCUGUGCGUCAGCGUGGUGUAUGAGCUCUUCCUCAUCUUCAUCCUCUUUCAGACUGUGCACGAUGGCAGACAGUUUAUGAAGUUUAUUGACCCCAAGUUGGGUGUACCACUGCCUGAGAAGGGUUAUGGAGGAAACUGCCUUCUCUACGACCCCGGGGACAAAACAGACCCUUUUCACAAUAUCUGGGACAAGAUGGAUGGCUUUGUUCCAGCACAUUUUAUUGGCUGGUACAUAAAGACUCUGGUGAUCCGUGAUUGGUGGAUGUGUAUGAUCAUUAGCGUCAUGUUCGAGUUCCUGGAAUACAGCCUGGAGCAUCAACUGCCAAACUUCAGCGAGUGUUGGUGGGACCAUUGGUUGAUGGACGUGGUUUUCUGCAAUGGCUUUGGGAUUUACUGUGGCAUGAAGACCCUGAAGUGGCUCUCAAUGAAGACCUAUCAGUGGCAGGGACUGUGGAACAUUCCAACAUACAAGGGAAAAAUCAAGAGAAUUGCAUUCCAGUUUACACCCUACAGCUGGGUGAAGUUCGAGUGGAAACCAGCCUCCAAUCUGCGCAGGUGGCUGGCUGUGUGUGGCAUCAUAUUUGUGUUCUUGCUGGCAGAGCUGAACACAUUCUACCUGAAGUUUGUGCUGUGGAUGCCCCCGGAGCACUGUCUGGUGUUGCUUCGUUUAGUUUUCUUUGUCAACGUGGGAGGAGUGGCCAUGCGAGAGAUUUACGACUUCAUGGACGAUCCGAAAUUCUAUAAGAAGUUGGGACAGCAGGCCUGGAUGGUGGCAGCCAUCACAGUGACAGAGUUUUUGAUUGUGGUGAAGUACGACCCCAACACCCUCAUGCUGCCCCUCCCCUUCCACGUCACCCAGUGCUGGAUUCUGGGAAUCCUUGUCACCCUCACCUGGACUAUAUGGAGGUUCUUUAUCCGGGACAUCACGCUGCGAUACAAGGAGACGCGGCGGCAGAAGCAGGAGAGCAUGAGUGAGCAAGAGAUACCUCUGAGCAACGGCAGUGAGAAUCCUGCAGCGAGAAUCCGGCAGAACAGAGAGGGGGUGCGACACAGGAAAUCCUGAGGAGCAGGGCAGUCUGGCUUUCACUCUUACUACUACUGAUACCUUCAAAAAGGAUUUAAAAAAUUAUAUUCAAGACGUUUUCCCAUUUGACUCCAGCAGAAUGAAUCCUAAAUAUUUUGUUAAAAAUCUAAAUGGCUGCUGUAUCCCAUGUACAGUAUAGCACAAAAUGACUAGUGGUACAUCUCUGAGACACUGCAGCACACAGUGUUUUUGUUCAUGGUGUUUUUUAAAAUCUUUGUUAACCUGCUAAUUUCACUCCCCUACAUUUUGAACAUUUACAACCAUAGAGAGGUCAAUGGAAGAGCAGCCCUCUCCUCCAUGAUCCGCAUCUUU